GACUGACAUUUGACUGAAACUGUGAUUUCAUUGGAGUUGCGAUCGCUUUAUGAGAGCCGAAGACAGCGGACAUGAGUUCAUCGGAUUUGGUUUGGAGUCUCAAGAAUGGAGACUUGGAUUCAGUGAAAGAACUGUUCGACUCGAAGGAGGUGGACGCGAACGCCUCCCUCGACGGCCGAUCGCCCAUCCAUUACGCUGCCGAUUACGGCCACAAAGACAUCAUUGAGUACCUGAUCGGCAAAGGCGUGGACCUCAACGUGAGUGUCAUCUGCGGUGUAGCGGUCGACAAACACGGCAUAAGCCCUCUGUUGGCGGCCGUAUGGGAGGGACACACGGAAUGCGUGCGACUGUUGAUCGCCAGCGGAGCCAAUAAGACGGGACAGACUCCCGACGGGAAGUCCUAUUUGGAAGCGGCGGAGAAGCCCGAAAUUAAGUCACUCUUAAAGUAGAGACAGUUUUCAUUAUUUUAUAGCUUUUUUCAAAGCGUAAGUCAAUUGUGAUUUAAAUUGGGAUUAAUUUCCGUCAAAACAAUUUUAUACACAUUUAUAACACUAUAAUCGGUCGAUAAUUAUAUAUUAAUUAUAUAUUAAUUUAUUCUUAUAUUAUGUAACGAAUGAAC